GCCUGUGUGUUUGACAGCUACAACCAGGAAACGGAGCGGGCACGAGCGACACCGCGGAGAGCCAAUCAGAGCGCAGGACGCGGUUGCGCUCGUCCAAUAGCGUUCGAGAGGAGGCGGUGCCGCGUUGGUGACGUAAAAGACAGAGUGGACUUUUCUUUUCUGGUCGCAGCGGCUAAAGCUUCCACAGAUCCUGAGAACAACAGACCAGCAAGGAUGGGAUUACUUGUCACCGUCCUGCUGCACUGGAUGAAAGUCUGAGGCAAAGUCGAGCAGACCAAAGCAAACUCUAGAAGAUAAGACAACUAAAGUUAUAAGGGGCCAUGCCGUGUGUCCAGACCCAGUGCGGCUCCUCUCCCCAAGGCGCCAGCCCGGCCUCUCAGAGCGCCGGCGGAGAGCGCAGCUGUGACUUCCUCACCCCGGAGUUUGUCAAGUUCAGCAUGGACCUCACCAACAGCGAAAUCUCGGCUGCGACAUCAGGUCCCGGUUUUGCCACUUUGGGGGACUCUUACGGCUCCGGCUACGACGUGAAGCCGCCGUGUCUCUUCCAGAUGCCGAUGCAAGGGGAGCUUCCGUGCGUAAAGGUGGAGGAUGCGCACCGGUAUCAGCCGAGCCAGCAUCAUCAAUCCGAGGAGCUGCUCUCCUCCCCGGGCUCUGUUUAUUAUUACCGCUCUCCUUCGCCACACGCACCCAACUUCCAGACUCCACCGGGGCACUUAUGGGAGGACUCCGGCUCUCUGUACAGUUUUCGACAGGACUAUUUAGCCGCAGCGCACAGGAAAAACUCUCUCUCCAGGUUCUCGCUUUUUUCGCUCAAACACGCGCAGCAGCAGAGCUUCCCCACCUGCCAGAUGAAAUUUGACGGGUCUCUCCACGUGUCCAUGAACCUGGACGCAGCCGGGGCGCACCAGCCGCUGGACGGCUCCGGGGUUUUGGGCUCCACCGCGCUCGGGAAGCAGCACGGAGUGGGGUUUCCUCACCCGCUCCAGCUCGGUCACCGCUUCAUGGACUACCAGACGUCGUCAGGCGCCGGCAGAGUGGCGCUGAGCACUGAGGGGCUGUGCGCGGUGUGCGGCGAUAACGCAGCAUGCCAGCACUACGGAGUGCGCACCUGCGAGGGCUGCAAGGGUUUCUUCAAGCGCACUGUACAAAAAAAUGCCAAAUAUGUGUGUCUGGCUGCCAAAAGCUGCCCUGUGGACAAACGCAGGAGGAACCGAUGUCAAUACUGUCGCUUCCAGAAGUGCCUUGCGGUGGGAAUGGUCAAAGAAGUGGUGAGGACGGACAGUCUGAAAGGCCGAAGGGGUCGCCUGCCGUCCAAACCGAAAGCCGUCUCGGACUCGUCUUCACCCGGCAGCACCCUUCUGAGCGCCCUCAUCAAGGCACAUGUGGAAUCGAAUCCUCCACCUUCCCUGCUUGAAUGCUUUAAAAUCAAGGAGAGCCCUGGCAGCCCGCUAGAGGACGACGCUCAGCACGUGCGGCAGUUUUACGACCUCCUGACGAGAUCGAUGGAGGUGAUUCGAGGUUGGGCACAGAAGAUCCCAGGUUUCACCUCCUUACCCAAACACGACCAAGACCUCCUCUUCUACUCGUCUUUCCUGGAGCUCUUUGUUUUACGACUGUCGUACAGAUCCAGCCCAGAGGAAGGGAAGCUGAUCUUCUGCGACGGCUCGGUGUGGCACCGGCUCCAGUGCCUGCGAGGCUUCGGGGAGUGGAUUGACAGCAUCGUUGAGUUCUCCGCUAAUUUGCAGAGGAUGAACCUGGACGUGUCCACCUUCUCCUGCAUCUGCACCCUCGCCCUGGUCAACGAGCGACACGGCCUGAAGGAGCCGAAGAAGGUGGAGGAGCUGCAGAACAACAUCGUCAAGUGUCUGAAGGAGGGAGACGGAGGCUCGCACUGCUGGUCCAACCACCUGUCCAGACUUUUGGAAAAACUGCGCGAGCUCCGCACUCUGUGCAUCCAGGGCCUGCAGAGGAUCUUCUACCUGAAGCUGGAGGAUCUGGUGCCGCCGCCCGCCAUCAUAGAUAAGUUAUUCCUCGACACGCUGCCAUUUUAAAAGACACGAGAGGACACACAUGGGGGGGAGUUUUGUUUUUUUUUCCCCCAUCCACUUGUUUUGUUUUAAUCUCAGGAGUCAAUCCUGACAGUUUGACGUCUGUGCACUGCAUAAAAAACAUUUUUUCCUCAUCAGAUUUCCUCAAAACAAAUUAAAAGAUGGAAGAGUUGUGACCACUUAUCUGUAAAAUCCUCCUUAAUAUCAGCCAGAAUUGAAACAGUGACGGGGACGUUUUCACUGUGCUGAUCACAGGAGGCUCAAAAGGACCAAUUUUACUGCUCAUUUAUAUUCCUACUUUAUUUUAUUUGAUAUAUGUUUAACAGAUUAAAGAGCCUGUUUGACUCCAUCUGACAUUUUCUGCCUCACACUCUGUAUACAGGUGGUUUUAUAGGGAUUUCUUAACACAUAUUAGCGAUUAAUAUAUUAAUAUUCAUUAGGCUGUUGUGUUCUCAGAGUGCUAAACUGUCAUUGUCCAUGUUUUAAUAAAUAAAUGACCCUUAAUACUG